AUGGACAAUGCCGAAUCAUCUCAGACAAUGAAGCUUGAGGUCCUCAAUUUAGAUCAUUGUAGAGGGCUGAAGAAGCUUCCAGAUUCACUGGGAAAUCUGAUAUUACUAGCUGAGUUGAAUCUUUCAGGGACAGGAAUUACUAAACUACCUGAUACUAUUGAGAAUUUUAAAAAGCUGGCUAGGUUGAAUCUAUCAUGGACGGGAAUUACUGAACUACCUCAAACAAUUGGACAACUACUGAAGCUUAAGGUCCUCAAAUUAUAUGAAUGUAAAGAGCUGAAGGAGCUUCCAGAUUUAUUGGGAAAUUUGACAUCACUGGUUGAGUUGAAUCUAUGGAUGACAGGAAUUAUUGAGCUACCUGAUACUAUUGGGAAUCUAAAAAAGCUGGUUUGGUUGAAAAUACAACAGUCAGGAAUCACUGAACUACCUCAGAUAAUUGGACGACUAGUGAAGCUUGAGGUCCUCAAUUUAUAUGGAUGUAUAAAGUUGAAGAAGCUUCCAGAAUCACUGGGAAAGUUGAGGUCACUGGUUGAGUUGGAUCUAACAUAUUCAGGAAUUAUUGAACUGCCUGAUAGUAUUGGAAAUCUAAAAAAGCUGGCUAGGUUGAAAAUAUACUAUACAGGAAUUACUGAACUACCUCAGGGAAUUGGGGGACUAGUGAAGCUUGAGGUUCUCAAUUUAGGUAGAUGUAUAGGGCUGAAGAAGCUUCCAGAUUCAAUGGGAAAUCUGAGAUCACUGGCUGAGUUGAAUCUAUCAGGGAUAGGAAUUAUUGAACUACCUAAUAUUAUUGGGAAUCUAGAAAAGCUGAGAUUGAUUAACAUGACAGGACUUGAGAUUAAGGAGUUGCCAUCCUCCAUUGGGAUGCUGAAGAGGCUUGAAGUGCUGAAUGCUUGGGAGUGUAAAUCACUCGCGGAAAUUCCAUCAACAAUCGAGGGGCUCACCUGCUUGAGGGUGUUGAAUUUAGAAGACACCAGUGUCCGCGGAUUGCCGCCAAAGCUUCCCACUAGUUUGACCGAACUGCGUGUCUCAUCAACUUCACUGCAAGGAGUUCUAAAAGUCUCAGAGCUGCAGAAUUUAGUUGAAUUGUAUCUAUCAGAUAUGGGUGAUUGUUCCAAUAAAUCAGGCGAAACACCACAUUCCCAGUUGAGGGGGAUCGGGAAACAAAGUAGACUAGCGGAUUUGCCUCGACUUUCUAUGGAAGAUGAUACUGUUGGAAACCUUGGAAUCGCAGAGUUGAAGUCCUUGAUUUCCAUCUCUUUUUGUUAUUGCAAGUUGAGAAAUCUCGAUGGGUCUCGCCUGGCAAAAAGUCUAUGUCAACUGGUUAUAAAAAGUUGUUCCUUUCUCAACACUGUAUCUGGUCUAUUACAUUUACAGAAAUUGAAAAAAUUGGUAGUUUCGGGCGCAACAGAGCUAGUCGAGAUCCGGGAGCUGGGGGAAUUGGAGUCCUUGGAAUCGUUAUAUAUUAGUGAUUGUGAUCACUUGAAGAGAUUAGAGAACCUGUCGAAGUUGAAAAGGCAUUGA